AUGGCGCGGACAUGGAGGGAAAGCUGGGUUGUCGUCUUCUGGGUUGCCGUUGUUGGCUGGAUCGUGCCAUCCCUGGCUCAAGAUCGAGAGAUAGUAUACCAAGAAUUCAACGACACGAAUGGAGUGACGCGACAACUUGCUGUCGACAGGUACCCAGCACUUUUUUCAGGCGAUUUUGCCGACUGCCUCGGAGGCCAGAGCUUGUUCAAUAUCACCAAGUUCGAUACCGGCUAUUUCAAAGACAAUCUGACCGUAGUCUUCCACCUGGACGGCAACACCAAUGUCAGACAAGAGAACUUGAUCAUGCACAUCACUGUGGAGGCUUAUGGCAAGUCACGAUUUGACACGACUUUUGACCCUUGCGGCUCCCCCAGAAUCGACAGUUUGUGCCCCUUAAACGCCGACAAGGCUGUCGAGGCCUGGGCUGCUUUCCCAAUCUCACCUAAUGAUGUUGAAGGCAUGCCGUCCAUCUCUCUGGAUAUUCCCGAUUUCGAGGGUUCAGCAACGCUUCGCCUCUUCGCCAACUCCAGCGAGACAGAGAUUGGCUGUUUCCGGGCUGUCAUGCACAACGGCAGGUCAUUCUCACACCCAGAUGCGAUAUCGUCUGCCUUGGGUGGUUUGACCGCCAUAGCCAUCCUAUCCUCAUUCGCCACUGCUAUAUAUGGCGUCAGCAUUCCUCACAUCCGGACGCACUACGCUCACUCAUUCUCGGUUCUCAUCAUUUUCGAGGCUUUCCAAACGAUAUACUUCUCUGGCGCGCUAUCUGUCAGCUGGCCCAGCGUUUUACCAGCCUUCUGGAGCAAUUUUGCGUGGUCUACUGGCCUCAUCUAUAGCGAGUCGAUAGUCGAUUCACUUGCCGGCUUUUCUGGCAUCAGCGGCAACGCCAGCCAGGUUGGCGGUGCUGGCUCUGCCGUCAUCAAUACCGAAGGUGGCCUCGUUCAACAGAUCUACGGACGCUCGGUCGGAUUGCUCAGGCCCAAGAACCUCAUGUCGCGCGCGGUGACGCCGUAUAAUGCGAGCGACCCUUACGACUACAAAUGGGGAGGCAAUCCCGUCACGCCGGGAAUGCCACUGCCAGGUACUUGGCAAGGGUUCCCUGGCACCUUAUCAAUGGUCGAGAUUCCAGCCGCUGGUGCCUUCCUUGUCGCACUCAUCUGGUGGGUUGUAGCCAUUGGUCUGGUUGCUGCGUCUGUCACCGCAUGCAAAUUGUUGCUCGACUUCCUGGCUGCUACGAACAUCAUCAAGGCUGAUCGGUUCACCUACUUUCGUUCCCAUCUACCUGGUUACUUAGCGGCCAGCGUCCUGCGCACGCUCCUCAUCGCAUCGCCCGCCUUGAUCACUCUCGCUCUCUUCCAGUUCAACAUCAAGGCACCCGCAGGCCCCACGGCCAUAGCCGCCAUCAUAUUUCUCAUUUCGCUUAUAGGCAUGGGUGGGCUCGUGACAUAUGCUUGCUACUUUCGACUCCGUUUUGGCAAAUAUGAGACCGGUCCUGACACUAUUGUUUUCGAGAAGGGAACGCUUUUCAACGUUGUGCCGUUCAUCGCAGCCACACGCGCGAGCAAUCUUGAAGAAAAGGAAUCGAGUGUGAAGCGGUACGGAUCGAUGCCUUUCUUCCGCGUGCGCUUCAUCGACGAUGAUCCCAACAGGACAACCGUUCACAAGGAUGAAGCCUACAUCAAGCGAUUUGGCUGGCUGGCUGCUCAUUAUAGACGGAGUAGGUGGUGGUUCUUUGCCAUUUGGUUCAGCUACCAGUUUAUCCGAGCCUGCUUCCUCGGUGGGGGCGUUCGCAGCCCCCUGGCCCAGGUCUACGGACUGUUCAUCUUCGAAAUCAUCUCGUUCGCCCUCUUCAUCAAGCUCAGUCCACAUGAAGGCCGUCGAAAUUCCACUGUGGCCAUUUGGCUGCUGGGAGUUUCCAAGAUUAUCACAGCUGGCUUCUCGAUCGCCUUUCUCCCAGAGUUCGGCAUCGGCCGUAUCCUAUCCACCAUCCUUGGCAUCUUCAUCAUCGUUGUCCAAGCCUUCCUGGUGCUAGCCGUUCUGGCACUGGUGAUACUUGGUGCUUUUUCCUCCUGGAUGUCCCUUCACCGCAAUCGCGAGACCUUCAAACCAGAGAAGCUGGACGGCAUCCGCAUCCAGUACUACGAACAUAUGCAGAACACGGCCCCUGAUAUGCCACCUCCACCAAAAGAAGACGCCAGCAAUACCGAGGCAGUGGCGCAGACCUUCCAGGUCAACGACGUGCGACGAACGCGCAAGAUCGAAGACGAAGAUGAUGAACUCACCGACCUUGAGGGGCCAAGUAAUAGCUCUGCCAUUCAACUAGGUCCAAUCAACCGAUCCAGCAGGGCCAAUAGCGUCAGCUCCCGCUAUUCAGUAGGCAGCCUGCCUCGGCGAGCGAGGCCGCACCGCACGUCUUGGAGUGCCAAAGAUUUCGCCGAGUGGGACGCCCAGUCCGAUCGCGCACUUGCACGUCCAGAGUCGCUGGUAGGCGGCAGCACCAGACCUCUUCAGGCGCACAAUCGACAGCGGAGCAGCUCUCUGAGGCAGAUUGCCCAUCUCAAUUCACAGGCGUCAUUGAAAAUGCCAGAAGACAUUCCAGAAUUGCCCAGGACAUCCUGCGAGGCUCGAAGGCCCAUGACGCCGACGCGUGAGGUGUCCGAAGACAAACUGGAGACCCUGGAGACGCUUCACUCCGAGAAGGGGAAGGAUAAGGUCGCUGAUGACGACUCUGAUUCCGCGGAUGGAAGAAUGAAGACAAUUCCAUUUCCGCCUCUCCCUGAGCACGACGAGGACAAGCUCUGA